AUGCUUGAAGCCAGAGUUAUUAGCAAAUUCUCUGGAAUGAUUAAUGAUUCAGAAUCUCGAAUUUUGGACAAGGUUGACUACACUGAUCAGACUAACGAACUUCGUGUUAAAUCUCAACGAUCUGAUUUUAUGGACUCCUCUUAUGGUCUCCGACGUACAGCAAGUUGUGAGCAACAACAGCAAUGGCAUGAACGCCGACGCUCCGACGGCGGUUCACCGGUUUCCACAGCUAAAGAGGCGGCGGCUGAAAAGAGAGAGAAGGAGAAGGGCGGCGAUUUCCGUUGGUCGAUGUCGCUGGCGAUUGAUGAUGGCGUUCCUGCUUCGGCACGACAGCAACGCCGGUGGUUGAUACUCGAUCUCGACAAGGUGGCUGGAGAAAGAGAUGAGGAAGAGCGGCGAUUUUGGUGGUCGCUAUCAUCGGUGGUCAGCAGCCCUCGUGGCCCAAGAUGUCUGACAGCCACGCUGUGA